AUGGCAAGACUGUUUGACAUGUGGAGUCGCAGUGGAGUGGGGGAGAAGAUGCUGAAGGACCGCCAGCAGGAGGAGUCUCACAACACACACAGCAACAACAACGUGAGGGAGGGAGGAUCAGGGAGAGAGGGAGGAUCAGGGAGGGAGGGAGGAUCAGGGAGGGAGGAUCAGGGAGGGAGGGAGGAUGAGGGAGGGAGGAUCAGGGAGGGAGGGAGGGAGGGAGGGAGUGUUAAAAGGAAGAAAAUCCUUACUCACUAUUAGAGAUGGAAUAGCAGACAUCAUACUUUUACAGAGUUUUGAUGAUGCCGUUUUUUAAAGGAGUGCUCUAGAUAUUGUAGAAUUGUGUAUUUUAAUGCGAUUGUUCUAAAGGAUUUCUGUAUGAAGCCCCUAGUCAAAGAUACCUGUGCGCUGUCUGUCACAUGUGUCCUGCAGGGACCUGUGACCUGUCACAACGCCUCCUUCACUGACCUGGCUGAGAUCGUGUCCCGCAUCGAGCUGGCCAAACCUGCUCUGGUAGACGGUGAGACUGGCACAUUAUCUUAUCAGCACAUAGAGCAGCAGAGUGCUGUGGAGGUCAUGGAGGUCAAACAGGCAUCUGAAGGUGUAGGCAACAAUAAUACCACAUGACCUCUGAGAUCUUAGCUAUUUGGCAACAAGAGUCCCAUCCUGUUUUCACAACCUCACAGCAACAUUUUCACAACUUUGUAAAAAUUAUUUUAUUUUGCCAGCUGGGAAGAGGCUGCGAGCCAGUAGCUAG